AUGUCAAAAGAAGAUAAGGAGCUUAAUGAAAUUUGGAAACUUUUUCAAGAUUCCACCACUGAAGAUAUUCAAGAAAGAAGAAAAGCAAUAACAAAAGCUAUUCAAAAUGAUACAACUUUGAAUGAUUACCCCAGUCAAGUUUCUUUAACUACAGCUAUGGAUGAAUUAUUUGCUUGUUUUGCCUUAGGAGGACAAGUCAAGAAUUAUUAUAGAUAUGGUACUUAUGAUUCAUGUACUAGACAAAGAGAAAAGUUCUGGUUUGCUUUAAAGAAUGGAACAUUUAUGAAUCAAAAAGAAAAACCACUUGAGGAAUUGGAUGAAAGUGAGUUAAAAGCUCGUAUUAAAGUACAAGAAUUUUACAAGAAAAGAUUUCUUGAAGAUAAAGCUCAAGGAAGUUCCGAAGACAUAUGGAAUAAACGUACGGAAUUAUUAGAAAACCCUUUCAAAAAAGUAUAA